GAAAUCAAAUUUACAACUGAAAAGUGAUAAAACGCGGCGAACAUUUCAAGUUGAGAAUUUUUGUGUUUUGUAAUAAUUUUGUGUAAAUAAGUGUCUUAUUAAAUUUUUAUACACUAAGAAGUAACGGGAGAAAAUCUGUAAAAUGGCUGACUUUGAGGAGGAGAAUUUGGAGCUGCAAAGGCUAAUGGCAGAAAAUGUUAACGAUCUUGCUUCAAUAUGGACGGAAAUGUUUGAUGAAGAAAUGUGCUUAUAUAAUUUUAAAAAACUGAAGGAACAUGUGAAAACUUUUUUUACGGAAUUGAAAGAAGAGUCAUUGCAAAGAAGAGGACUUAUAGAAGAUGAAAUAAAGGAGUUACAAAAAGAAGCAGAUAUGCUUUGUCGUUUAUUAAAAACAGACGUGGAGUUCCCCAGAAUUGAUGACAAAAAUGUACCUUUGUUGGUUCUACAGUCGAAAAUGGAUAAAAGUUUAACUGAAUUGCGAGAGCAAUUACGGCGGCGCCGAGAAGAAAUCUGCGAGUUGCUACUUGAGCAAGAAGGUCUAUGUGAAGAGUUGGGGGAAGCUCCCCGUCCUCUUUUGGCUGACCCUUUACCUUCAGAAGAGGAUAUUUUGGAAUUUCGUACUCACUUAGAUCAAUUAAAGAUGGAGCGUAUGGAACGCUUGAAUGAGAUGUCAGUAUUACGCCGGGAGAUAAAAAAUUACUUAAAUGUAUUAGAGACACAAGUUAAUACAGACACGGAAGACAGACUAUUAAAUCACAGACAAAUUAAACUGAAUGAAGAGACUUUUAAAGCGCUCAAACGUAUGCAAGAAUUAUAUGGGGCGCGGGUACAAGCAUUGUCUGAGCGCAUAGAUAGUAUGCGUAAGAAAUUAGAUUCCCUUUGGGUGCGCUUGAAAACAUCGCCGAACGCUCGAAAUAAAUUUAAGCGUCAUACAGAAUAUAACCAGCGAACGUAUAAUGUACUUAAAGACGAACUGCAUCGAUGCGAAUCUUUGCAGAGUCAAAAUAUAAAAGAAUGCCUCCAACAAAUCCGAACGGAGAUUGUGGAAUGGUGGGAUAAAACACUUAAAUCGGAAACAGAGAGAAAUCGUUUUUCUAAUUUUCACAAUAAUUGUUAUACAGAAGAUCUAUUAGUAUUACAUGAAAUUGAGUUGGAAGAUAUAAAACGAUUUUAUGAAAAUAAUCGACAGAUAUUUGAACUUUACGAUAAUAGGAGAUUGCUUUGGGAUCGAAUGAUUGCUCUUGAGGCCAAAGCUUCAGAUCCAGGCCGGUAUAAUAAUCGUGGGGGCCAAUUACUUAAAGAGGAAAAGGAACGCAAAACAAUCGCUACUAAAUUGCCGAAAAUUGAGCAACAGAUUCGAGAGUUAGUUGUUGCCUUUGAAGAGAAAGAGCAUCAAGAGUUUCGUGUUUAUGGCGAAAAUAUUUUAGAGUUAAUGGAAAAAGAAUGGGAGAAGAAACGUCAAGAAAAGGAGAAAAUGAGCAGUGCACGUAAAAAUGCUCAAACCCCUCACCCAGUUACAGGUCGAACACCUAUGUCAGCAAAAAACGGUUCAAUGAUUUCAAUGCGUAAAGCCCCCUCUAACACUAACUUAUCCGCACUCCCGUCUGCCUCUGCCAACUCAGCGAAGAAACGGAAACUGCUUCAAAAUGAAAGAAAUACCCCGUUGGCUAAACGAAGUUUAGUUUUUCCACUUAACAGUCCUAGCGUUUUCACAAAACCAAUGUUAAACGCUCGUAAUACAGGCUCAACAAAAUCGUUCAAAUCGCCUUUGAAGAAAUCACGUGUCAUUGCAACCACAAUACGUCGUAGGUCGGGGCGUCAAAGUUCUGGAAACAAAAAGCGGUCCUCCUUGAGUAAGACCGUAAAGAAAAAUACAGUUGCUACACCAAAAAUUCUUAUCAAUGAUGGCUCUGAUUGGAACACUGAUGAAGCUACAGAUGAUGCAUAUGAAUCCUUCCAGAAAAGCAUUGAUCCCGAUUCACGUUCUUCUAUAAUACACACGGCUUUUUCACGCAUUGCUGCAACCUCAUCGACUAUUUCGACUCGGUCCAAACGAAUUCAUCCGAGUGACAGCUGUGUUGUACACUUGCCUAAUCCCCGUGCUGGGUUUCACCAUCCACUCACACCGUCCAAAAUGUCGCCCGCUGCAAGCAGCCGAAAACUUACAACGAAAAAUUUACCUAUUAUUAUUUGAAAUGAAGAAAUGUAAUUUUAUUUGCCGUUAAUGAUUUAAGUUUUUUAUGAUAUAUUGAUAUGUAUAAUUUGUAAUUUUCUAUGUUAAAGAUUCAUUGGCAAUUUUGUAAUUGUUUUUAGGUAAGAUUUUUUUCUCAUGUUUUUUAGCUUAAACAACUGUUAUUACAAUGAAGUUUUAUCAUUAGGCGUUUGGGUGAUUGGACAAAAAAGGGGCUACACAAUAAAAAUAUUUUUAAUUUCCAAAUCAGUAAAGUUUUCGCAAUAAAUGCUAAAUAUAUUGAUUUA